UGUUCUUGUUGAGCAUGGCAGUCUGUCUUAGCGCAUGGAAUCUGCAAACCAUUUAAAUCAUCAGGAAUAUGGAGCUAUUGAAAGAGCUCCCCUGCCAAGGAACAUGAUUGAGAACAGCAUGUUUGAGGAAGAGCCAGAUGUGGUGGAUUUGGCGAAGGAGUCCACUUCCUACCCCAUCGACUCAGAUGAUGUAGUCUAUGAACCCCGCAGCUCGCGACUUUUAGUCCGAGGCCUUGGGGAAAACGACCUGGACGAAGACGAGGAAGACUACGAAUCCUCCGCCCGUCUUCUUGGCAUGUCCUUCAUGAACCGUAGUUCCAACCAGCGCAGCGCUGCCUCAUCCUACACCCGCCACCAGCCUUCUGGAUUGUGCUCGAUGCCUUCAGCUAAGACUACGGUGGUAGGUGUUCUCCUCCUGGUUGUGGUGGUCUCCGUAUUCAUGGUCAUUUACUUCGUUCCAGGCUGCACUUUCACCAGAAAGGGGUGCCAAAAGACAAAUUCAACCAUGGAGAAAAUCUAUCCAAUUUCUACAAGUGAUGAACUUUUCCCAUGGACAGAGUUGAGGUUACCAUCCAGUGUGCAUCCAGUGCAUUACAAUAUUUCACUCCAUCCCGACCUGAAGAAUAUGACCUUUCAAGGCAGUGUGUCAAUCAAAGUGGAAGUGUUAAAUGAAACAAAGAUUAUUGUCCUGCACAGUUCUGAUAUGAACAUAACCAAGGCCACUUUCCAAGAUAAAGUGGUCCACUUCCUGGAGUACAAACCUUGGCAGCAGAUCGCCAUCAAAUUUCCAGAAGAUCUUAAGAAGGGGCUAUAUGUUUUGAACAUUGACUACACAGCAAACUUCUCCAACAGCUAUGAUGGCUUCUACAACAGCUCCUAUGUCGACACAAAUGGUACAAAAAGAGUUUUGGCCGCUACUCAGUUUGAGCCCUUGGCAGCCCGCAAGGCUUUCCCUUGUUUUGACGAGCCAGCUUUUAAAUCAACUUUUCUAAUUAAGAUUACCAGAGAAUCCAAGUAUAUCAGUCUUUCAAACAUGCCAAAGGUCAAAACCACGGAUUUUAAAAAUGGCCUUCUAGAAGACGAGUUUAAGGAAAGUGAUACAAUGAGCACUUACCUGGUUGCAUUUAUUGUGGCUGAAUUUAGUAGUUACAGCACGAAUGUCUCUAAUACUACGGUGUCUGUGUAUGCCGUUCCAGACAAAAAGGAACAAGUGCAUUAUGCUCUGGACGCCGCUGCAAAACUGUUGGAGUUCUACAAUAAUUUCUUUGAGAUUGACUACCCAUUAAGCAAGUUAGAUUUAGUGGCCAUUCCUGACUUCCUCGCUGGAGCCAUGGAGAACUGGGGACUAAUCACAUUCCGUGAGACAACUUUGCUAGUAGGGAAUAAUUCCUCCCCUCUAGACAAGCAACUGGUGACUUCUGUCAUUGCUCAUGAACUUGCCCACCAGUGGUUUGGAAAUCUGGUGACUAUGAGAUGGUGGAAUGAUCUUUGGCUGAAUGAAGGAUUUGCAACCUACAUGCAGUACAUGUCGAUUAAAAAUGUGUUCCCAGACCUUGACAUAGGCACUGAAUUCUUAAAUGUUCGAUUUAAAGCACUAGCCAAAGAUGCAUUGAACUCGUCCCACCCAGUGUCUACUGUCGUGAGCACCCCAGAGCAGGUUGAAGAGAUGUUUGACUCUGUGUCUUAUGAGAAGGGUGCUUCAAUACUGCUGAUGCUCAAUGCAACCCUCACAAAUGGGGAGUUUCGAAAAGGAGUGAUUGAGUACUUACUAAAGUAUAACCGAUCAAACACAGAAAGUAAAGAUUUAUGGAACAGUCUUUCUCAGGUGAGCAAACAAAAUUUAAGUGUAUCUGAGAUGAUGAACACUUGGACUGUUCAUAAGGGCUUUCCUCUGGUCACAGUGAAGAGGAAUGGCACUCAAGUGACAUUGUCGCAAGAACAUUUCCUUCUGAAUGCUGAAAACAGCACAGACUACAGCACCUUGUGGCAUGUUCCCCUGACAUACGUGAACGACAGCUGUAGUGUUCUCAGCUCCUGCAAGCAAGUGUUUCAUCUCAAGGACAAAACAGCCAUAUUAAAGCUUCCAGGUGAGGUGAAGUGGUUGAAGUUCAACUUCAGGAGUGAUGGCUUCUACAUAGUGCAUUAUGAUAUGGAGGGAUGGAAGGCCUUGAUUGAUGCUUUGAAUGGGAACAUAAAUGUCCUCCCCUGUGAAGACAGAGCAGCUCUCAUCAAUAACAUCUUUGCUCUCUCCAGAUUGGGAAGGGUGUCCUUCAGGCAGGUCUUAAACCUAAUGGAUUACAUCAGAAACGAGAACGAGACGGCUCCUCUGAUUGAAGCUCUCUUCCAGCUUGAUCAGAUUUACAGAUUGCUGGACAAAAGAUCAGAAUUGAACUUGGUGUCUAGAAUGACGGGUUACAUCGACUCCCAUUUUGGAAGUUUGAUGGAGAGUCAGUCAUGGGAACUGGAAACUUCCGUGUCGAAGAUGACGCUUCGGUCCGCCCUGCUGGAGAUGGCAUGUUCCCUCAACAGACUCAACUGCACAACACAGGCCAAACAUCUGUUUGAUCAGUGGGUCCAUUCCAACAAGACUUCUCCGAUUCCCAGUGAUCUCAUGAGAACAGUCUUCAAAGUUGCUGCCCAAACAGAUGACGGAUGGGAUGUGCUUCUAAACACAUAUAAACACUCCAUCUAUGACGCAGAGAAGCACAAGACACUGGAAGGUUUGGCCAGCACUCAGGAUGUACGGAAAAUCCUUUGGAUUCUGAAGAAAAGUCUUGAUGGAAGUGAGAUUCAAACUCAAGACUUUCCUCUGGUGAUCCACACGAUUUGCAGGAACUUUGCUGGCUACCUCUACGCAUGGGAUUUUGUGAAGGAGAACUGGGAAAAAAUCACUCAAAAGUUUCCUCUGGGAUCUUUCCCCAUUCAGAGCAUCAUCAUGUCCGCAACCAGUCAAUUUUCCACAAAAACUCAUCUCAUGGAGGCCCAGAACUUCUUCAGUUCUCUUGGGGCGAAAGGUUCUCAGAUGAGGAUCGUGCAGGAGGCCACUGAGACCAUUAAGCAGAACAUGCGAUGGAUGGAGAAUAACUUGAACACGCUCCAGCACUGGUUGUAGUGUGAGGAGGAGACUGCUCCUCUCUUGUGCCUCUCACUUCCUCAGGUGAUGUCACCGGGCACAUGCAGGUGUGAGUGAUAUAACCGAUAUUACAGCCAGAGCCAUACAUGUACAAACGUUAGGUCAAACUCAAGACAGAAGAGCAGAUUUACUGGGAUGUAAAGGGCCGUUUAAAAACAUCUCUUUUCAGGGCGUCUUAUUUUCCACUGAACUGUGACCCUAGCCAGAAGCUUACUAGAUAUCUGCCUGAAAACAUUUAGCCUUUAAUACUAGCUAUGUAAAUGAACAAGUCUGGAUAUUAAGCGUAAAGCAGAUGUAUUUUCUUUCUUCCUUUAAGUUCUGAGUGAAAUGAAAGCGUAAAGUCAGCGGCAUAUGAUUUCCUGUGUCAUAACUUUAGUAAUGCUGCUUGGAAAAGGUUGGCGUGUUUUCUUUUUGUGGUUCGUUUUUCGAGGGCCCCAACUCGGUAUAUGUAUGGCUCUGGCCUCGAGCACUAUUUGCACUAUACACAAAUUCACCUCGCUCAGGGCAAAUCUGGUUGUUGUUUAAAUAUCAUGAUGCAUUUAAUCCCUUUUACUUAAUGUCGGUGGCUACAGACCAAAACCUCCCAUCAGUAUCUCUUAAAUAUGCCCUUAUCACGCAAUGCCAAAAACAAUAGUUGCCUAGUGAAAUACUGAAAUCAUGUGACAAGAGAUGUGUCACAACAAGCCCCUUUCUUCUAAGUAUAUAAGUUUUAUUUAUGUAUGUGCCGCUGAUGUUUUUAAUCAUUUGCAAAGUCUGCAAUGCUUGUUAUCCAGCACUGUGUAAAUGUUAUUGCCUGACAAAUGUUCCAACUUUCAUCCUUUGCACAAGAUUUAUUUUAAAGUUUAAUUUUAGAGUUGAGUGUGUAUAUUAUGUAUUGUUUGUGCAGGCUUGCCUAUAGGUAAAAGAGAGUUUGUUUGUCAUUGGAAAGAUUAAGUUAGCAUUUCUAAAACAUAAGUGUGGAUUUUAUUUUGGGUUUUGCCAUGAUGAAGCUGAAAUAUUUUAGUUUUGUUGUAAAAUAUAAAAGAGGCAAAGAAAAUGUAAACUCACACUCGUUUUACCCAUAUGAUUUGACUCAGAUAUAUAUAUAUAUAUAUUUGUUAGCAAGUUUGGUAAGUCUUUGUGUACAGAGCUUUAGUUAAGGGUAAUUUGCUAUUGUCAAAUUGCUACAAGACAAAAAAAGGCCUCUAAAGUCACAUCACUGAUGGAGAGUUGUUAGAUUUUUCACUCCUUGCUCAUCUUAACUGGUUGCUACUGAUUUUUUUUUUUUUUUACUCUUCAACGAUUUAAGGUUUUUGUGUGUGUUUCUUCACAUAUUUUCCUCGCCGAUUUUCUAGCUAUUCAGGAAUUGUUUUGGCAGAAUGUUUAAAAUGCGUUUAGUUUGUCAAAAAAUAUGGAGUCAAAACAAUAUCACAAUCUCGCACAAAUGCAUUUGUCAAGAUGCACAUUUAUGCAUUUAAUUUAUUACAUUUUGUAAACUCAUAAUACAGGCCACAAAUACACACACACAAUUUAGCUUUAUUUUAAUGAACAAAAUCUACUGGGAUAGUACCAUCAGAUGAUGAUGUGUGUGAAUAUUUGUGCAUUUUUAUGCAUGCAUUUCUAAUAUCGUUUUAGCUCCAUACAGAUUUUUAGUUCUUUCCAUGUGUGAGUGUGAAAAUCUGUGCUCACUGUGAGUAAAUUAAUACUUCCAGGUUUUUGUUUAUAGCUCAUAAAAUGUCAUAUAUGACUGGUACAUUGUAAUACAGCUGGUACAUUGUUAUUAUUUCGUUUGUAGUAGUUGUUUUGCCCUUGCUCAGCAGCUUUAUUCAUAUAUUUGUGAUAGAAGUGAAUGAUAGUCUUUAAAGGAAGGACAACGGCAGCAUUGUUACACUGUAAUGGACACUUCUAAUGUUAGUUUGGAGCGUUACAGUUAUCGAUGAAUGUAUUCAUGUUUGUUACUAUGGAUCGGUUUAAACACAAACAUUUUGAUUGUAAUUCCCAUGUAUCUGAAUUCAUCUGGAUUUAUAAUAUGGUCAAUUAAACACAAUGAAGUGUUGAAUCAGUUUUCUGAAAUUAUUUAGAUGUCACCGUUUCAGCUGUCAUAAUUUAGGAUUCAUAUAAACCUGGUGAAUCCUGUGAUGUCCCUCAUGAGGUGUUUUGUGUUAUUGGCUGCCAUUCACAAAAUAAGUAUCCAUGUAAUAUUUUUUUCCGUGUGUUUGUGUCAGGCUGCUUAAUAGAAAUGCUAUUUUGGCAAGAUUCCAGAUGUUAAACGGUUAAACUUGACAGUUUAAAGGAGAAAUAUGCUUGCUUGUGAAACAUUUGCUGUGUUAAAUGACUUGAAAACCUUCUAAUGCCUGAAGAAA